GAUUGGCGCUAAAAAAAAAGAGAGAAGAAAAAAGAAACUGAGAAAGGCUUGGGGACCAGAGAGCGAGCCGAGAGCGAGUCGGGGCUCUCAGGGCCCCUUCCGCGUCCGAGCACACCGCGUCUCUGGCCGAGCCCGUAGGCACCCGAGGCUUCUCCCCGGAGCGGGCCAGACCCCAGGCGCUCCAAGGCCUUCGGGUCGCGGGGCAGUCCCGGGAGGCGGCCGCCCUCGGGGCGGGACAGCUCCUGGUAGUGCCACCGCCGCCAGGCGGUCUCCAAGCGGCGAUCUCCAAGCGCUGCUCGGCCUUGGGCCAGGAGGGGAGGGUCCGGCCUUGCCCGGUAGACGUCCAUUGGCGGCUUCCCCCGGCCUCCGCGCCAUGCCGCCGGCUGUGUGAGCCGCUGCGGGCUCCAGAGCCCCCAGGUGCCCGCGGGCGCGCCAGGGCCGUUGGGUAGGGGGCGCCGCACUCGCCAUGCUGCGCGGGCCCCGGGCCCUGGCUCCGGCCGCUGCGCAGCCCGCAAAGGGGGUGCCCUCUUUGAGCCCCACGGAGCUGUGGCCGCCCGGCCUCAGCAGCCCCCAACUCUGCCGGGCCACCACCACCUACCACACCUCGCUGUACCCGCAGACGGUGCCUCCUGCCGCGGCACCUAGCACCUGCCUCGACGCCACUCCCCACGGACCCGAGGGCCAAGUUGUGCGAUGCGUGCCGGCAGGCCGGCUGCCGGCCAAAAGGAAGCUGGACCUGGAGGGAAUCGGGAGGCCAGUGGUUCCGGAAUUCCGGACUCCCAAGGGGAAGUGCAUUCGAGUGGAUGGCCUCCCCAGCCCCAAAACCCCCAAGUCCCCCGGGGAGAAGACUCGGUAUGACACAUCGCUGGGGCUUCUCACGAAGAAGUUCAUUUACCUCCUGAGCGAGUCUGAGGAUGGGGUCCUGGACCUGAACUGGGCUGCUGAGGUGCUGGAUGUGCAGAAGCGGCGCAUCUACGACAUCACCAACGUGCUGGAGGGCAUCCAGCUCAUCCGCAAGAAGGCCAAGAACAACAUCCAGUGGGUAGGCAGGGGACUGUUUGAAGACCCCACUCGACCUGCAAAGCAGCAGCAGCUUGGGCAGGAGCUGAAGGAGCUGAUGAGCAAGGAGCAGGCGUUGGACCAGCUCAUCCAGAGCUGCUCCCAGAGCUUCAAGCACCUGACUGAGGAUAAAGCCAACAAGAGACUGGCCUAUGUGACCUACCAGGACAUCCGCGCCAUGGGCAACUUUAAGGAACAGACGGUGAUCGCUGUCAAGGCCCCUCCACAGACGCGACUGGAGGUGCCCGACAAGGCUGAGGAGAACCUGCAGAUAUAUCUGAAGAGCACCCAAGGGCCCAUUGAAGUCUACCUGUGCCCGGAGGAGGUGCAGGAGGUGGAGAGUCCUGCCAAGGAGCCCCUCCCCUGCACCUCCGCCCUCAGCCCCAGCCCUGACUGUGCCCAGCCCAGCAGCAGCACUGACCCUGACAUCUUGGAGCUUGAGUCAUCCUCAGAACCAGCGCUGACUCCACCACAGGUGCCACUGCCACCGUCACCAUCCCUUGUCCCCUUGGAGGCCACCGACAGCAUGCUGGAGCUGUCGCACCCACUUCUGCAGCAGACCGAGGACCAGCUCCUGUCCCCGACCCUGGCGUGCAGCCCCCUGAUCAACUUCUCUCCGCCCCUGGACCAGGAUGACUACCUGUGGGGCUUGGAUGGGGGAGAGGGCAUCAGCGAUCUCUUCGACUCCUACGACCUUGGUGACCUGUUGAUUAAUUGAGGGGCCGCAGCAGCCCACCCCCAUCUCUACCUCCUUGCAGACAGACUGACAGGUCCUCUGCCUGCACAGGGACAUUGGACACAAGGUGCCACCCUCAGGGCAUGAGAGUCUCCUCUCCUUUCUGACCUCCCUGCCAGCAGAAGCUGUCUGGGGACAGGUGGAGGGUGUGGGGGAGGGGCACAUGAGGGGUUGGGUCCUGUCCUUCCUCUCUGACCUCUGACCUCUCACGUGAAGGACCACAGGUGCAGGUUAUUAGGUUCAGGGAAAGGCCCCGCCACCUCCUUUUGGGGGGUCAUUAGGACCCUUGAUUUUCCAAGAAGCACUUAAUGCCCUUGUAUUUAUUUCAGGUUAAGUUGUGUUUAUCAUUCUUCCUGAGUUUUAGCAGGGAGAUUGUUUUAGUUUCUGGCAAGGCUUCUCCUCAGAUAGGUCCAUUCCCGCCCACUGUCCAAGGGCAGGCCUUCUAGGGGCCCAGACCAAUUCCCGGGUGUCCCCACAGUGGUGGACACUGGUCUCUGAGGAGUUGUCCAGUUUACCAGAAAGCUCAUUGCACUUAGGCCUCAUGAUUAUCACAAGUGCCAGGCCCUUGACCUCUCCAGCCGAGGUGUCAGCCUGGGACUCCUGGUCUUCAUCUCACAGAAGGUUCCAGCGGCCAUCUUGGGGCAGGCAGCUUUGUGGUUCCUGUGGAAAUAGGAGCAGCUGGUCCAGGAGACUCCUUUCCUAGGGAAUUCCUUACCUCUUCCUCACCUUAGAAUGUAAAAGUGAUCUCCCAGGGAGGCAGCAGAGAAGACUCUGAGGACAGACAGGAGUGUGCAGUGGCCACUCUGGCUGCCGUGGACACCUGAGCCCGGGGAGGCAGAGGCAGGUCCACCAGAGAAGAGGAAGAGGCGGGAGCAGGGACCUGCAGGAAGUAUGGCCCCAUGGCUGCUGGUGCCCUCCCCACUGUCAGGGAGCACGCACCUGUGUGCCCCAUUGUUGAAGGGGAUAAUGUUUUAAGGACAUCCCCUUCCCUCCAGUUCUCACAGAUCUCUAAGGACAAAGGUGGCCAGGGCUUGGUGGCACGUUUGCUCCUUUGUGUCACUGUAAUGCUGAAGGGGGUCUUCACGGCAGACCAGGCCUUGGCAGUUAACAAGAUAGGUUUGUGUCACCCUUUCAGGCAUGGGGACUUGAGAAGCUCUUUCGGCUUUAUCUGCCCAGUCCCCCAGGGGCCUGACCAUCCCACCGUGGCCCUGCAGCCUUCUCACCCAGCCCACCUGGGCUGAACCAAGGCUGUGCCUUCUGGAGAGAGGCACCCAGGUGUGGUGGUCUGAAAGACCUUCCACCCACCCUCAGGGAGCUAGGGUUCCUCAGGAGCUCAGCUGGGCAGCACUUUUUUUUUUUUUUAAUGUUUGUAGCAUUAAGUUGAUUUAAAAUAUGAAGUUGACUUUGUUGAAUUGAAGUUUGGGGUGUGAGCUUGAGAGUGGGGCCUAAUGUGAGCUAAUGCCCAGUUGGAGGCAGCUAUGCUUUGUGGUUGGCUCAACUUCCUGGGCCCCCAAGUUAGCCCUCCCAGGAGUAGACAGAGGCUCACAGAUACCCUUCUCUCAUUUUGUAUGCUUUAUGGACAUGGAUUCGGUCUCCAUUCCCCAAAACCUCACAGGGGUCUCAUUAGAAGCCCACUGGAAGCCCGGGCUGGGUGUGGCUUUGGCCCCUUUCUGGGGGGUGAGGUCUGCUUUGGGGCAAGUGGGGCUGGAGGGAAUGUUCCUGUCCCAAGGUCUCUGCUGGGCUGCCACUGAACCAUGCACAAGCUCUGAGGACAGAGAUGCUUGACCUCCAUGCCUUGGGCCCUGUCUGGAGUGUUCUUCUAGAAUCAAAUUGCAGAAAGGGAGAAGAGGCCUGCAGGACCCAUUUGGAAUGAGUCGAAUGCUGAAGUGUGGCCAGAGUUUAAGCUCAUGUCCCCCAGGCCCAUCCACGGGGCUGGACAGAGGGCCUUCCUGAGCAGCGGCCUCUGCCCACUCCUGGGCUGUCCCCUUCACACCCUGCCUGAAGGUCGAGGGUUUAAGCCUCUUUCUUGCCAGUAACCCUUGAAACCUCCUAAAUUCUGUAGAGCGCUUUGAGAACGCCAUUUUGAGUGUUCAUUUCCUUCCAGGGCCACAUGAACUUUAAAACUAGGGCGAGAGAAAAGCCGGUUUCUUUCUGAAGUAAAUGAUUUCUGCCAGGAAAUUUCUCAGCCCCACCAGCAGCCCCUAAGUCACUCAUGUCCCCAGGGAUAUCAAAGGCUUGGGGACUCAGGGAACUGAGUAGCAUUAAGUUGUUAGUAGACUUGAAGAUUCAAAGAGCUUUCCUAACGAACACCACUGAAGGUGUCAGGAUUCCCUUCUCCACAGUCGGUGGUCAGCUAUGGCUGCAGGGAAGAGGGAGAUGGCCAUGGGGUGGCUUGACUUUGUCCCUUUCCCAGCCUGUGGUGUUCUCAGCUUUGUUCUGCACAGUGUUUAGGGUUAGAGUGAAUCUGGGUGCGCCAGGUACCCCAGUGUUGUGUGGCUUAGCGCAUUUGAAGAGAAAGCCUUUGGGGUUGUUUGUAAAUGUCUUCCGGGUUCUUGUCAUUGUAUCCUGAGGUCCUGCCUCAUCCUGGGACCCCGUCCUCCCAUGAGGGCCCUCAGUGACCAGGAUGGCCACAGGCCCAGCUAGCCUACUGGCUGCUGGGCGACAUGAAAAAGCCUUGCAACUGUCAUUUGUCUUGAGGGUGAACUGGCCAGAGGGAACUUGGUCCCUGUGCCUGGGACUCCAUGCGGGUCAUUCACCUCUGGGCCACGCUCCCUGGGUCCUCCUUUUUGAGUACCAGCGGGGCCUCCUUGUGUUGAGAUGUUUGGGCAUUAAAGCAUGGCAGCGUGGGAACUCUG